AUGAGUGCCAUGGACCCGGCUCUGGGUGUGCUCACCCUUCCGUUGCGGGUGAGCCUGGUCGCCCAGGUGAUCAAGCAGGAGCCCGACCUCGGGGGCACGCUGAUGGAGGGCAUCAAUGCUCGGCAGCACUUCGUGGUGAUCACCUCCAUCAAGGAGACUGGGCUGGUCACGCUCUUCAAUGCGGAGCUCACUGCUGCAGUACCCCAACCUCGGCUUCUACUCGAUGGUCGAUCGGGAUGGGCUGGACACCUCAAGCCCACCUUCGGGGACUUCUUCCAGCUCAAAGAACUAUGCGCCGGCAUCGGUGGCUUCUCCCAAGGUGCCAACUUCGUCGGGAUCAAGACGGUGGCCUGCCUCGACCACAGUGCCCUGGCCUGUGCUGCUCUUCGUCUUCAAGGACACUACACCAUCCAUUCCAACAUUGAAGACCAGCAGGCACUCCUGCAGCUCCAUGACCAAUGGGCCAGUCGUCGGAAGAGAUGGUGGUGCAUCAUGCUCCCCAACGACGACCGUAUCCCCUUUCGCCUGCUCCCCUGGCCUGCCAGCAACCCAUUCCCGAACGUCGGCUCCGUCAUCCAGGAAUGGCCAUUUUUGCCAGACGAAGAUGAAGACAAUCUAGCCUGGACACUGGUGGAGGAGGAGGCUAAAUACGGCAACCCCGACUACGGCAGAGAUCUUCGGCAUCUCAACCUGGCAGCUCCGGCUCCCACGGCAGUUUGGGUCUUCGCACAUGUGGUCAACUGGAUCGUCCAGAUCUACGCGAAGCGCCCAGGACUCACCUGGGAUGAAACGGCAGUGCUCUACAACCUCCACGAGAUCCUCAACUAUGCUGCGUGUAUCGACCCACGCCCUUGGGGAGUGAUCACCCCAGCCGAAGCACAUGAGCUUCUCCAUGCAACAACGCGAACUUUGCCCAACGAGCUGCAGUUGAUCGACCGGGUCGUCAUCAUCUUUCCGUACAACAACCACUGGACGCUCCUCACGCUCGAGCCUUUGGAAGACCACACCCAGGACAAGAACAACUGGCAGGCUCUCAAGGCUCUUGCCUCUCGGCCGGCUUCCAGGUUCAGAUGGAUCGACUACAACGAACUCCAAGGCCACAUCGCGGAACGCGCCAACUCCAAGUUCGGCACCAACAUCCCCAAUGCGAAAAAUAAAAAGCUCAAGGGGCAAAGCCACGCUGGCCGAGCUCUCUCUCUCCAAGUUGACCCCAACCAUCUCGUCAUCCUGGAGGGCAUCUUUGCCGAUGAUGAGGACAACCCUGUUGCCCAGAUCGCGUUCUCCGACAUAGGCUGCAACAAAAGAGGAUUCGCGCUCACCACGGUUGAGGACGCCAUGCGCUUCAUCAAGGACGCGCAGAGCAUCUCCACGGAAGCCCUCGCGUUGAUCACCACAGCCGAACUCCCACACCACCAGCAGACCGAGACCAUUCGCUUCCCCGCAGUCUACACCGGUACCAAUGAGCCUAUUCUCCUCACAGGCAGCCUGCUCCAGAUCGGGGACGUCCUAGUCAAGAGAGUCACAAAGACUGCCGAGCCCCUCGAAGACGAGAUCGAUACUUCCACACUGCGAGUCUCUGUCUUCGCGGAUGAAUAUCCACAGGACUGGAGCCUCUUCAUCAAGGCACCGAUCAAAACCAUCAUUCGGAACACCCCUCUCCUCCUGAAGUGUACCGACGACUCCUGCAAAAACAAGUGCACCCGCUUUCAUCCGGCCGUUGAUGAAGCUGUCGACAAGGUUAUAUCCAGAAUCGAGCACUGUGUUCUUUUCCAUGCCCACAUUCGCGUCCCUCUUUCCGCAGCUCCACUACUGCAGGCCACCUCCGGAUCCAACGGCGUCUACUUUGACCCGCGCUCCAAAGACGGCAAGUCCAUCGACCCAAACCACACAGUCAUUUGGCUGCCAGGCGCCAGCUGUCAGGAAGCCAAGCACAAAUCCCGAACCAGCGACCAUGCCAUCGCGAUCACUCGCCUUGGUGGCAAGUACGGGAUCCGGGUUCGCGAGCAGGACGAGAAAGCCGCAUGGGCUUACCUUCGUCCCGGGCACGACUAUAUCCAGGUGAAGAUCACGGGCGUGUUCCGGCCAUUUCCUCUCCCUCACGGAGUACAACGCACGGGAGUAGCCCAACUUCUCAAGCAGUGGCAAUGGCUCUCCAAUCCUGCAGGGGCUCCGCUGAAGGAGCAGCCUGGGAAGUCGGCGCUUCAGCCGAACCCCCAGCGUGGGUUCAUGGUCUGGAAUCAUGAUGAUCUCCGACUUUCCGGCCCAAGGACAAACUACCGUAAAUUCGAAGCCUGGCACGCCAACAAGCGGAAGCAGGCCAUCAACCUCAAAUUUGAGGAGUCCAACGGCGUCCUUUACAACUUCAUCAAAGAGGACAAGGCGCCCCCCAUCGACACGCUUGCCAUCGCUCGGGACUAUACCAUUUUGGCUGUGGACCCCAGCAACAGUUUUGUACACUUAGACAAGGCUAUCUACGCCAAAGGCAGCUCCACCUGGUCUCUUCAUGCAGAACCAGCUCAUGCACAGUUGGAGACUGCCGAUGUUGCACAAGUUGACAGUGACCGGCUCCUCUGCCCAGGAGAUACCCUGGAACAGAAUGCAUCCGUCACCCACAUCGACGACAUCCACCAAGAGCUCCUCGAACUCUGGUCAUCCCGUUAA